CCCUGGUGGUGGAUGAUGUAUUUGUUCACGGUCCUUCCGGUGAAACUAACACAUUGUCUGAUUUUAAAACUGAUUGUUUGUCCGUUUGAGCUGCAGGCUGGUUUGGUGAUGAGUGUCACUGCAGUCCUGUCUGUGAACAUGGGGACAGCCAGCAUGUUACUGAGUGUCUUCUUUGUUUCAGGUGCUUUGGCUGCUUGUUCUAAAAGAUCAUACCUCUUCAUUACUGCACCACAGAAGAUGGAAGCACUGAGUGGAUCUUGUUUGCUAAUCCCAUGUACCUUUAGAGCUACACUAGAACAAGAGUUUGACAGCAGAGAAACUUUUGGAGUGUGGAUUAAAACUGACUCUAGAUUUGACAUCGAUCCAAAUAAUGUGAUUUUCAGCAGCAGUAGGACGGAUAACAUCUAUCCAAUGAGAUUUACUGGAAACCUGAGAGAGAAAAACUGCACCACUUUAUUUUCCAAUUUAACCACAAAUUAUACAGACACAUACUACUUUAGAGUUGAGAACAAACCAUUCAUGGGAACAGCGUAUUGUGAUCCUCUUAAAAUAACAGUUCAAGAUUCUCCUCCCAGCCCCAGAAUUGAGAUCUCAGGUGAUCUGAAGGAGAAGGAGUCUGUCAGUAUAACCUGCUCAGCUUUCACUCCCUGUCCACACUCCCCUCCUAAACUCACCUGGAAUCUCCAACAAGACUCUCACAACAAAAUCCAGGAAAACACAGAUGGGACCUUUACAACUAAAAUCCAGAAGACCAUCACUCUGUCAGACCAACAUGAUGGAUACAACAUCACCUGUUCUGUCACAUAUCCUGUGAAUGAAGGGAAACAUGUCAAGACAGCAGAGCAGAGAAAGACUCUCAGUGUUUCAUGUAAGACAACCAGAGUUUGUUAUUGGAUCCUGUCAGUGUACUGUGUGGCCACAAAUGAUCUUGGUAAUCAAUCAUCAGUGAUUCAUCUGGGUAAAGAUAAACUUGAACUUGGAGAGGAAAAUUCAGAACUACACAGCAUCAAUUAUCCAGAGUUUGGUGUGUCUGUCUGCGUCACAGUGAAGAUCCUGGGAAUCGUUUUGCUCUGCAGUACACUCAUCAUCUUUGAGUGCUGGUUUAGAUCGAGAUGCUGCAACAAACCAGAGAAGGAUGCAGUCGAAGCAGACGAUGUCAACAGAGUGAUUGAGAUUCAAGCAUCAUGAAGGAGAAGAGGAAGACGUCAUGUUCACCAUUAAUGUAAUAAUUCUUGAUUUCUUAAAUAUUAAAUUACUUUGCAG